CGCGGAGGCGGCGCCGGGGCCGCUGCGGGCGCGGUGCCUCCCGCUCCCCCUGCCCGCCGCCACCGCUCCGAGCCGCCUCUGCCGCCGCUGCUCCGAGCCGCCCGCAGCCGCCGCCGGCGGGGCCGCGCUCCAUGGCGACCCCCAGCCCCUGCAUCGUGAUUGGUGAUGAUGAACAAGGCUACGACCUGGAUUUGUUCUGCAUACCUAAGCAUUAUGCAGAUGAUUUGGAAAAAGUCUAUAUUCCUCAUGGGCUCAUCAUGGACAGGACGGAGAGACUGGCACGAGAAAUUAUGAAGGGCAUGGGAGGACACCACAUUGUGGCACUCUGUGUACUGAAGGGUGGCUAUAAAUUUUUUGCUGAUUUAUUAGACUACAUCAAAGCCCUGAACAGAAACAGUGACAAAUCAAUCCCCAUGACUGUGGACUUCAUUAGGUUGAAGAGUUACUGUAAUGAUCAGUCAACUGGAGAUAUCAAAGUGAUUGGGGGAGAUGACCUCUCAACCUUGACUGGAAAGAAUGUUUUGAUUGUAGAAGAUAUAAUUGAUACUGGUAAAACAAUGAAAACGUUGCUGUCUCUACUUAAGCAGUACAAUCCAAAGAUGGUGAAAGUAGCCAGUUUGUUGGUAAAAAGAACUCCUCGAAGUGUUGGAUAUCGACCAGACUUUGUUGGAUUUGAAGUGCCAGACAAGUUUGUUGUGGGAUACGCCCUAGAUUACAAUGAAUACUUUAGAGAUUUGAACCAUAUCUGUGUGAUCAGCGAGACAGGGAAGCAGAAGUACAAAGCAUGAAAGCAGAGUUCAAGUGCUGUGACAACAGAGCUUUGAAAUGUUUUGUUUACUGAGUCCUAUCUUUCACAGGCUUCAGCUCUGGCACACCAGCUACACUUGUAGAAUGCCCCAACCCCAUUGCUAUAUGCUUACUAUAAUUUAUUGCAUGUACAAUAUAAGAGCUCGUCUUGUUCAUUUAUAUUUUAGAAAUGUAAACAACUAGUGCAGUUCUGCACUCCUUAUUUUGAUUUGCACUAUGACUCUACCGACUAUCGCUGCCCCUGGUUGGGUUGUGCUGUUUGUGAGCUCCAGAGUCUAACUCUUGCAGUGGUAAAUUGCUUAAACCUCAUCAACCCAGAACUGAAAUAGUUCAAGUACUGUAAAUGUAAAACAUUUUAUGAUAGGGAAGUCUAUUAGUAAUAUUUUUAAAAUCUGUAAUUUAAGUUUUAUAUUUUAAUGCACAGAUGUGAUUGUGAUUAAUGGAUAGUUGCACCUUUGGGUGUUAUAAAGCAUGAGGAACAGCCAGUUACAGUAUCUGUAAUCUCCAAGGAGCUCAUUCAAAUCUCCGGGAGUUGCCUUAUUGCUGUAAAGGAAGUCUGCGUGGAAAAAAUGUCUUUUUCCUUUUUUUCUUUUUUUUUAAAAGAUGGAAUGACAAAACAGAAUGUUUAAAAUCUAGUUUUAGUUGAGUUGCCUAUUUCUGUUAGAUUUUUUUUCUUUAAAAAUAUCCAUCGGUCUGUGGAAUUGCCUUUUAAAUUUAAACAAUUUUAAUAUAUUUGUGGAAAAAAAAAGUAUUGUAAUGUUUACUUUACAAGAUCUACAAAGCAAAAUUCUUUAAAUAAAGGCUGUCUCUUUAAAAUAAGCCCCACACAUCUAUCCCACUCAUUCUGUAUAUUAAAGUGCUCUUGAAAUUUCCUUCUCAGUAAUAUUGCCCAUAAGUGUUUGUGACAGUGGAGGCAGACUCAACAUUUGUUACCUUUGUAGAGCUUCUGGUUAACAUAAUCCUGUCUAUGAUAGAGAUGAUAAAGUGCUGAGGGAAGAUAUUGAAACAGUUGCAUAUUUUCUAACCAAACCAGAUUUCAGAGAAUAUGGUUUAAGCACUGAUCUUUGUUCUGUCUUGGCAAAAAUGAAGAGUGGAGGUUCCAUCUUCAUUAAACAUAUCCAUGUGGGAAAAAAAAAGCCAAACCACAACCAUUUUUUAAGUAAUCAUUUUGGUUUGUUUCACCAACACUUCUGUUUGUGUGGAGUUCGGUUCUGGCCACGGCAGCCCAGCUCACACCUGUAUUUGUGCCGUGCUUUUUGGGUCUCGUUCUUCUGCACGUGGAUUCUCCCAGCAUAUCCUCGGAUUUAACGCUGCUCAGUGCUUACACACAACGGAGUUUUUGAAAGAUUCUGUUUUGAGAGAUUUUUCUGUGGUUUCAAAGUUUGAGUCUUUCCCAAGUGCUUCACACUGUUGCCCAUCCAUGGCCUGCUCAGGUACAGCUGCAGUAGUUAAUAGCAGACCUAAAAUAUGAAUUCACACACUGUCAUCCACAUCAAAUGACCACACUGUAUGAGAGAUCUAUUUGUAAAUCAGAAUUCUCAUUACAAGUGUUAGAACGCUGGUCAUGAUUAUACUGUACUUUUGCAAUGUUCUGGGUAAUGUUCCAAGGAGCUUUUAUCUCAAUGCACUACAAAGUCUGAUUGUAUUCCUCAACGUUUGUGUAUCUGCCUUUUCAAGAGCCUGUGGCUUGUUGCAAAAAUGUGCAAUGCAUCUCCAAGAAGAGGAAACACAAAUGCAACGCGAGAAAAUAUAAACCCACUUGAAAAUUA